AUGCACAGAGGUAAGGAUGGGGUGGGGAGGGAAGUGGAGACAGAAACUCGGUUUAAGGGGGAGGCAGUGGGGAGGACAAGGAAUGAGACACCCUAUUCACACAUCCUAGACCAAGGAACUUUAUCUGCACCCCCUCAGUUCAUCCUGUUUCCUGGGGGAGGCGGAGCCCUCUUUUUCACGCCUAGACUUGCUGGAGUUCAGGGUAGGGAGGGGCGGCAGGAUAGGCUCAGGGAUGAGCUCCACCCGUACUUCCCCAACUCUCACCUGUCCCAGGUGGCGCCGUGGCAAGGAGAAUAAGAGGCACCAGGGGAGAUGUUUGUCCCAAAUCUUGGCACUCCUGAUCUCUCCCAUACAGUCCCCAUUUUUUCAACUCUACCUUCCCCCCCACCUCCCAAGAUGACGCUGUUCUGCCUCCGGCCCCCGGGCAAUGAGACCCUCCUGAGCUCCCCAGCUUCGCGGGCCACGGGCACUGUGUUCUUGCUGCUGGCCGCUCUGCUGGGGCUGCCCGGCAAUGGUUUCGUGGUGUGGAGCCUGGUGGGCUGGAGGCCAGCUCGAGGAAGGCCCCUGGCGGCCACCCUGGUGCUGCAUCUGGCCCUGGCCGACGGAGCGGUCCUGCUGCUCACUCCACUCUUCGUGGCUUUUCUGGCUGGCCAGGCUUGGCCCCUGGGCGCCAUUGGUUGCAAAGCCGUGUACUACGUGUGCACGGUCAGUAUGUACGCCAGUGUCAUGCUCACCGCCCUGCUCAGCCUGCAGCGCUGCCUGGCCGUCACCCGUCCUUUCUUGGCUCCUACCCUGCGAAGCCCGGCGCUAGCCCGACGCCUGCUGCUUGGAGUCUGGUUAGCUGCCCUGCUCCUGUCCCUUCCCGCAGCCACCUACCGACAUCUGUGGGGGGGACAAGUGUGCCAGCUGUGCCACUCUUCAUCUGGCGAGGCCGCGGCCCACCUGGUCCUGGAAACCCUGACGGCUUUCGUGCUACCCUUCGGAUUGGUACUGGGCUGCUACGGAGUGACUCUGGCCCGAUUGCGGAGCGGGCUCUGGGGCUCGCGGAGGCAGGGCGUGCGAGUAGGCCGUCUAGUGAGCGCCAUCGUGCUGGCUUUCGGCUUACUCUGGGCUCCCUACCACGCUGUGAACUUGCUGCAAGCGGCGGCCGCCUUGGCACCUUCCGGUGGGUCCCUGGCACGGCUUGGAGGGGCAGGCCAGGCGGCCAGGGCCGGGGCCACAGCUUUGGCUUUCUUCAGCUCCAGCGUCAACCCCAUUCUCUACGUCUUUGCUGCCGGGAACCUUUUGCCCCGGGCUGGACCCCGCUUCCUCACCCGAAUCUUCGAGGGCUCCGGGGAGGCACGAGGGGCAAGUCGUUCCCAUGAAGGGACCAUGGAGCUACGAGCUGUUAGACGCCUGGGAGGGGCAGAGCAGGGACGAGGGAAUGGUGACCCCGGCGGCGGGGUGCAGGGGGGCAGUUCAGAUUGUAAAAGUUGA